UGUCCCCAGGGCGACGGCAACAUCCGCUACUACGAGGUGGGCUCGGAGAAGCCCUACCUGAGCUACCUGAUGGAGUUCCGCUCCCCCGCCCCGCAGAAGGGCCUGGGGGUGAUGCCGAAGCACGGGCUGGACGUGUCGGCCUGCGAGGUCUUCCGCUUCUACAAGCUCAUCACCCUCAAGGGGCUGAUUGAACCCAUCUCCAUGAUCGUCCCCAGGAGGUCAGAAACGUACCAAGAGGACAUCUACCCCAUGACCCCGGGCACGGAGCCGGCCCUCACCCCUGAGGAGUGGCUGAGUGGGGUGAACAGAGACCCCAUCCUGAUGUCACUGAAGGAAGGCUACAAGAAGACAUCCAAAAUUGUCUUCAAGGCACCAGUGAGGGAGAAGAAAAGCGUGGUGGUGAAUGGCAUAGACCUGCUGGAGAACGUCCCGCCCCGGACGGAGAAUGAGCUCCUUCGGAUGUUCUUCCGGCAGCAGGACGAGAUCCGGCGGCUGAAGGACGAGCUCUCCCAGAAGGACGUUCGGAUCCGACAGCUCCAGCUGGAGCUGAAGAACCUACGGAACAGCCCCAAGAACAAUUAA